GUUCUAUGGGCGCAUGUGAAGCCCUCUGUGACAUGCUUGCGUGUAAAAAGGGCUAUACAAAUAAAUUUGAUUUGAGAGCUAGUUCACUGUGAAGGAUUUUGGCAAGGCUAUAUCCUCCACUGCAUUAGUAUUGUUAUCUGAUUUUUCAUCUGUACAUUGUCGUAAGAUAUGAACGAAAUGAAAACGAACACGUGAUGAAACAAGACCAAUUGGUGUCUGGUUUAAUGAGUAAUUGAAACACCUGCUCUGGCGGAUCAUUUGUCGUUGAUUUAAUGCAGUCGGAGUUGGCCUUAACAAAAGUUUAUGAUCAUGAAAAAGUAUCCCUGGUCCAGCAUGUAAAAUAUUGACAAUUGUUUUCCAGAAUGAGCGAGCUUAAAGAGAAUGAUUCAAUUUAUAUAGCACAGCUUGACUCAGGGCUGAGGUGCAAAUGGAGCUGGGCCUGGCUAAAGAUCGAGGUCAAGACCCAUGUGAAGGGGAUUGGCACUUCUCUUUGGGCCGCUACCCACACGGUUAGCUUUGUUGCUCAUUCCACAAAUGCACGAUCCUUACAAGUUGUACCUCGUUGUAAAGGUGACUAAUCAGGCUUUCCAACGAUAUAAAACACAAUUGGCCUUAUUCGAUCAGCGUCACAAUAGCCUGCCAUUUUGUUGUCAUAGAAAGCCCCCACCCCCACGUAGCUAGACAGCAGUUGACAGAUUUGGGACAGUAGUAUGCUAUGGCUUCAAUAAAUGAAAUUAGAUAUGUGGAUAAAUUACGUUUGGUUGGAGGAGUGGAUCCUUAUAAAAUUGAUGUUGAAGAUAUGAGUAAAGACCCAUUACAGUUACCACUGAUUGAAUAUGGUGACAUUUACAAUGAUCUAAUUAACACUUCUUCUGCUUAUACGGGCCAGUCACUGAAGGCUUACAAGUCACUGGACUCAUACAAUUAUUUCAUUUCUGGCAAAGUGAGCGAUAUUUUAACUUUUGUGCCACCAACGUCAUCAUCAUCGGCCUUAAAAUUCGUUGUGACAGCAAAGGUAUGUACAAAUGUGUUUUUAAUUAUGAUCCAAUGGUUGUCAGUUUGCCAACGUAAAUUGACUAGCUAACGAUAACGUUAGCCUAGUAGCUAGAUAAUGUUAGCUAACGACGUUGUGAAAACUCAGCUGGUAUGCUGUCAGUGAAAGCUUUAGCUACACAGCUAAUUUUACCUACAAGAGUUGGGCAAAAUAGCUACACAAAUUUAGGCUUGGUGCAAUGCCAAUGCAUGCUAGCUAACGUUAGUCAGUUAACGUUAGCUAAUGCCACAUUAGAUGCAACUUGCUGCUAGACCAGAGAGCAAUCUCCAGCUACACUUGUUAUGCAAGCAGCAGUCUAGUCUUAAAGAAUAGUUACCAAGUGAAUGAAUACGUUGUAGCCUAAUCUGCCAUUUGACUCCUAAACAGAAUCUGCCACUUCUGACCUAAAACUAUUGUGUGCACAAAAGUGACAUAACUACUGCACAAUUUGUGUUCUUAUUUCCACACAGGUGAAGCACAGUCAGAAGUUAAGUUCCCCGCCCCUGAAGCCAUGGGUGAUUGCCCAAGAGGAUGGCUUAAUCCUGACUGCCCACUGUACGUGCAUGGCAGGACUAGGGGAGACUUGCAGCCAUGUUGGAGCAGUUCUUUUUACAGUGAAGACAGCUGUAACACUCCGUGACUCAAAGACGGUGACCCAACAACCAGCUUAUUGGCUUUUGCCGGGUGGAACCGAACCAAAGUACCUUGAGGUAGAAAAAAUUGAUUUCACUCCCAAGUCACAGUCAACCUCAAGCUGGACAAAGCAUUGUUAGAAGGAACGUCAACAGAAUAUAAAGGAAAAAAGCUACCUGAUGUGUCAGAGCCAACCGAUGAGGAGAUGGCUUCCUUUUUUAGUCAGAUAAAUGCCACUGGUGACAAAGCAGUCUUACUCUCUGUCUUGCCAGACUAUGCUGAGCUCUAUGCUCCAGUUACAAAUACCAGUACAUCCCAGCCCCUGAGUGAGCUAUUUGACGAACAGUGUGUAUCCAUGGCAAAUGAUGAGUUACUUCUACAUUGCAGUGCUAUAGAAGUUGACAUUUCUCAAAGGCAAGCUGAAGCGAUUGAACAGCAGACAAGAGGACAGUCUAAGAGCAAAGUCUGGUACAGAUAUAGGGCUGGCAGAGUUACAGCCUCACGCAUGAAAGCUGUUUGUUGCACACCUCUGGAGAGUCCAUCACCAAGUCUCAUCAAAAGCAUCUGUUACCCUCUGAGCACUGGGUUGACAACCAAAGCAACCGCUUGGGGAUGCGAUCAUGAACAGCUGGCACUAAGUUACUAUUGUCAGCAGAUGAUUUCACACGCUACCUUUACAUGUGAAAGAAGUGGUUUGGUAAUCAAUCCAGAGCUGCCUCACAUGGGGGCUACACCUGAUGGGAUGAUUCAUUGUGAUUGCUGUGGUGAUGGUGUAGUGGAAGUGAAAUGCCCAUUUUGUGCACGAGAAUGUGCCAGCCUGAAGGAAUGUGUAGACAGCAGAUUCUGUUUGGAGGACUCAAAUGGCAAAUUACAGCUCAAACAUUCACAUUCCUACUAUUAUCAAGUCCAGACACAGCUCCUAGAAAGCAACAGGGAGUUUGCAGAUUUUGUCGUAUGGUCAGAACAUGAUGUACACAUAGAGCGGAUAGAACCAGAUGUGGAACUGUUGGAGCUACUGAAGUCCAAAUCCAGAGCCUUCUUUUACAGAGCCAUCCUCCCAGAGCUUGUGGGAAAACUUAACUCAAGGCCAUUCCAUCAGCAAUGCCAAUCAGCAAAACCAACGGGACUGAAAAGCCCGUGGUCGGCUGUCAUCUCAGGGCACAGCCAGGCAAAAGGCUACCACUCCUGGAACCAGUGACUGGAGGACCCCGACCACUGGUGGGGCCGUGCUGGCGGCCCCCAGCCGAGCAGCCCGUGGUCGGCUGUCAUCCCAGGGCACAGCCAGGCGAAUCCCUCCAGAAUCUAGUUGAUACCUCAGGACCCCUAACCAGCUCACUCCUGUAAAAACUCAGCAAAGCUGUGAAAAAUAGAAACUGUUCUAGACAUUAACUAAACUACCCUUUAACCGAACACUGUCAUGAUUUUCAAACUCAACACUUAGUUUUUAAUGGAUUUUAAGUGUGCUAAAAAAUGCUGAUGAUGACUCAGUGAAAUGUUUCCGUUUGAACAAAUGGUAUUAUGGGGGCGUCACAAACAAAUGGGGGGGUCAGAUGGCUGAGCGGUGAGGGAGUUGGGCUAGUAAUCAGAAGGUUGCCAGAUCGAUUC